AAUUUUUAAAAAUAGAAAACUUACGGGUGGUGAAAUUUGAACAUAUGAAAAACUUGACUUAAAAAUAAAUUUCAUAGAGGAAUUUCAUAUUUUAUUUCUUUUCCUUCUGUUCAUUAACCUCAUGUCUUGUUAACAUAGAGAAAUUUAUAGUUCUAUUUUAUCUAAAAUGCUGUCGGCUCAUCAGAUAUUCAGAGAUUCCAAGGAGAAUGAUUUGACUUCUGUGGCCAAAGAUAGAAAACUAAACUCGGCUGAUAAUUAUAAAAAUGUUGGUCUGAAGAUAUCAACAAAUAUUAACCGUGAAAUAAAGUCAAAUCCUGAUUCUGUAGAAAAAAGUAAAAAAAUGUCUUCUCGUGCUAUGAAAAGUUGUCCAGAAAUUGACGUAAAGAAUCAUGAAAAUGUGUUAAAGGAUACUAAGAAAUCUGAGGAUCUAGAAGAGUGGCCUGAAAUUGAAAAUAUGUAUAUUUAUGAGGAACCAAAAGAUGAGUAUGAAGAUAUUAUUCCAAAAAAUGAAAGGUUCACUAGAGAUGAGCUUUAUUUCUUCUAUGGAACCAGUUAUAUUGGAAGAAUUGAUGCUGAGACUGAGGAAGAGGAGAACAUACUAAAAUUUACUUUAGAUGAUCUAACUGAUUUCUAUACUCCUCCUCCAUCACCACCUGUGCCUGAAGAAAACUUGUUUGUUGACUUACCUCUUGCAUUCAUUCCCUUUCCAAGUCCUCUUAAAGACUGGAAUUGAAAUUUUCAGAAUUUUUUUCACUUCAUUUAUAGACUAUUAUUUUUUGACUAAAUGUAUGUAUUUUACUUUUCUCAAAAUUUUGUAUAAAUUACCAUAAAAUUUCUCAAAUUAUUUGUACCAUUUAUUGUAUAUUUUAUAUUAAUAAAGAUU